AUGAAUUUAUAUUACCCGAAACAUGCCCGUUCGUUUGAGACAACUGGACAACGGGAAAGAAGGCUGCAAAAUGAUCGAAUAAGCACCGCUCGAUCAGAACCAACACUGCACGCUGAUUUAAAUCUUGGUGUAUUCUAUUAUGACAGUAAUAUUUAUUACAGUGUUCAUCCAAGUGUCGUCAUUGGAAAAAUGGAUGAAAUUUGCAUGUAUUGUAGCGCCCUCAAAUUUAAGAACGAAACUCCAGGAAUAUGCUGCACCAGUGGAAAAGUUAAACUACCAGAAUUACAUCCACCGCCCGAACCACUAUCAACGUUGCUAUCAGGCGUUACACCUGAGUCGAAGCAUUUCUUGCAAAACAUCCGCAAAUACAUUUCAUGUUUUCAAAUGACAUCGUUCGGUGCAAAGAAUAUCGUACGCGAAAAUUGCAUGCCAACAUUCAGAGUCGAAGGGGAAAUUUAUCAUCGUGCCGGAUCGCUUCUACCAUUGCCGGACCCCGAUCACAAACUUCUUCAAAUUUAUUUCAUGGCAAACAGUGAUGAACAAAUUGAACAACGAUGUCAUUACAAAGCGGCACUAGACGAAAAAUCAUGGCUGCAUUACAAGCCCUUUUCGAACAACACAAUGAAUUAGUUCAGUUGUUUAAAACC